ACACCUACAGCACGUAAAUAAAGCUGCUUCCUUGUAGAAACAAUCAGAAGUUUGAGAAGCAGAGAAGUCAGAGCCGCCUGUAGAGCUGUUCAGGUGAAAACGAUGGGGAAAAUAGAGUGGGCGAUGUGGGCCAAUGAGCAGGCUCUGGCCUCAGGAUUGAUUUACCUAACAGGAGGCAUUGUUGGGGUGGCUGGACAGUUCAGAGGCUGGCAGUUUGCUGCAUAUGCUGUUGCUGCUGGAGUGUUUGUGUGUCUACUUGAAUAUCCCAGAAGCAAGAGAUCCAAGGGAACAAGCGUGGAAAGAACGGGCCAGUACUGCUUCACUGUGGUUGUCAAAGCCUUCGGGCCCCUGACGAGGAACUACUAUGUCAGAGCCUUUUUACAUGCAGCCCUCUGUGUGCCUGGGGGUUUUAUGCUAGCCACUGUUCUAGGAUGCGUCUGUCUUGGCAUCGCCAGCAUCAUCUAUCUUGUGGCAGCUAUCCGAGGUGAACACUGGGAGCCCAUUCUUCCAAGAAAAGACAUGCCAAAGUCAAAUAUUGGAAGCAUCAAUAAACCUCCUCAGGCUCCACCACCGAGACCUCCUCCAGAGAUGCGCAGAAAACGGGUAGAAGACCUGGAGGGAGCAGCCUAUGACAAUGCCAUUGAUGUUACUGCUAAUGAAUAAGCUGUCCCCUGCCCUUGUUUCCCUGCCUCCCUCAUCUUAGCCACACCAGGCUGUCAGAGGAUUCUGUGACUCUGGACAAAUGAAGAGUUUUCUGAAGUUAAUUAAAGCUAGGGGAUCAAUACAUGUGGGGCCCAAAUCGUCAGACCUCAAGACCUAUCUUGAAAAUACUGAGUUUUUUUUGAGAGGUCAAAGAAGGAUGGUAAAGGUGAAUGUAUUAUUUUAUUACAAGAGAAAAAAAAACAUGCCAAACUAAAUGUAACUGCUGCCAAGUGGCAUGUUUCAGAAAAAAAAAGAAAAAAAAACUGUAUUGGUAUUUUUAAGAACUAGUUUUCUGCACUGUACUUGUUGACCCAUGAUGUACUAUCAGUUUUAUUUGGUUCACAUGAAGUUUAACAUCAACUGUAUUCUGCACUUUUGCUCUUAUUACUUGUGUACAUGUGCAUUUUUCUAAGUCAGUUGAUCACAGUACUGUAAGUGGGAUUAAUUCAACAUUCAUGGCUUUACUUGGCUGUUUGUGGUCAUCUACCCCUGUACCUUAAUGUCUUGUAAAUAAAUCCCUCUGCUCCUUGAA